AUGCCGGCUGCCGACGCUGCUCCAAGGACGCUUUAUGAUAAGGUCCUCCAGGAUCAUAUUGUGGAUGAAAGACUUGAUGGCACAAUUUUGCUUUAUAUCGAUAGACAUUUGGUACACGAAGUCACUUCACCACAAGCGUUCGAGGGUUUAAAGAAUGCUGGACGACAGGUGAGACGGCCGGACUGUACUCUUGCGACAACAGAUCAUAAUGUCCCGACCACCUCCCGAAAAACAUUCAAGAAUAUCGAAACCUUCGUCGAGGUUGAAGACUCAAGAUUACAAUGCAUGACCCUCGAAGACAACGUAAAGGAUUUCGGGAUCACAUAUUUUGGACUUGGUGACAAACGUCAGGGUAUUGUCCACAUCAUCGGUCCGGAGCAGGGCUUCACACUCCCUGGCACAACUGUCGUUUGUGGUGAUAGUCACACAUCAACACAUGGAGCCUUUGGGGCUUUGGCCUUUGGAAUUGGUACAAGUGAGGUUGAGCAUGUACUUGCUACACAGACGAUCAUCACAAAACGAAGCAAGAACAUGCGGAUAAAGGUGGAUGGGCAGCUCACACCUGGUGUCAGUUCAAAGGACAUUAUUCUCCAUGCAAUUGGUAAGAUUGGUACGGCUGGUGGAACGGGUGCGGUGAUUGAGUUCUGCGGUUCGGCAAUUGAAGCUCUUAGUAUGGAGGCAAGAAUGUCGAUUUGCAACAUGUCAAUCGAGGGCGGUGCUCGUGCCGGUAUGAUCGCUCCGGACGAGACUACCUUCAAAUACCUAGAAGGACGCCCUCUUGCACCAGAACACGGCUCAGAAGAGUGGAAUAAGGCUGUUGCGUACUGGAAAAGUCUGAAAACCGACGAGGGUGCCAAAUACGAUAUUGAUGUCUUGAUAGACGCCAAGGACAUUGCACCGUCAGUCACUUGGGGAACUAGUCCAGAGGAUGUCGUUCCAAUCACUGGCAGCGUUCCGGAUCCAGAGACGUUUGCUACCAAGGAGAAGAAAGAAGCCGGUCGACGAAUGCUUGAAUAUAUGGGCCUCAAGGCGAACACACCAAUGGAAGAGAUUGUUCUGGACAAGGUUUUCAUCGGGUCUUGCACGAAUGCUCGAAUUGAGGAUCUCCGAGCUGCUGCUGGGAUAGUGAAAGGGAAAAAAGUAGCUGCAAACAUCAAAAGUGCUAUGAUUGUGCCUGGUUCUGGUCUUGUCAAGGAUAAGGCGGAAGCUGAAGGGCUGGACAAAAUUUUCACUGAUGCGGGUUUCGAAUGGAGAGAGGCUGGAUGCAGUAUGUGUCUCGGUAUGAACCCUGAUAUAUUGGCUCCCCAGGAGCGAUGUGCCAGUACGAGCAAUCGAAACUUCGAAGGCCGACAAGGAGCUGGUGGACGAACUCAUUUAGUUUCACCAGUUACCGCUGCGGCUUGCGCUAUUGUGGGAAAACUUACCGACGUACGGAGACUUGCUGAGCACAAUUCAACCCCACGACCGGCUUCGCCAACUCCAGUCACCAUUAAACCCCAUGUUGAUGAGAGGAUUAACACUGAUGACGAAGAGCGAGAUCAUAUUGCGGAUCAACCAGCAGAAAACGAUGUACCACACACCAACACCAUGGCUGCUGGCUCGGCUAAAGGAUUGCCGAAGUUCGAAGUCCUGAAGGGUAUCGCUGCUCCUCUUGAGCGUGCAAAUGUCGACACUGAUGCCAUCAUUCCAAAACAAUUCCUGAAAACAAUUAAGCGCACCGGUCUUGGUUCAGCUCUAUUUAACGAAAUGCGAUACAACGCCGAAGACGGAAGCGAGAAACCAGAUUUUGUUCUCAACCAAGAGCCAUAUAGAAGAUCUAAGAUCCUUGUGGUUACCGGUCCAAAUUUUGGUUGUGGCAGUUCGAGAGAACACGCUCCAUGGGCUCUGUUAGAUUUCGGCAUCAAAUGCGUCAUUGCCCCUUCAUACGCAGAUAUUUUCUUUAACAACACCUUCAAGAAUGGCAUGCUUCCAAUCGCCAUUGAUAAUAAGCAUGACAUCGAAGCUAUCGCCGAUGAAGCACGCGCUGGCCGAGAAAUCGAAGUUGAUCUUCCAAAUCAAUCGAUCAAUGAUAGCACAGGCAAGAAGAUCUGUGGGUUCGAAGUCGAAGAAUUCCGAAAGCAUUGCUUAGUAAACGGCCUCGAUGAUAUCGGCCUUACCAUGCAGAUGGAAGACAAGAUCCUGGCGUUCGAGAAGAAGAUGACCACAAAGACUCCUUGGUUAGACGGCCGCGCUUACCUGAAGCGUGGUAAAAAUGGAAAGUUGGCGGUUAAGCCUGCGCCUGUACCAAAAACAAAUAGGGGGGAGGCGAUUAAGGAACCUCUCGAUUGGUAG